CUACGAAACCGGAACGGCGAAACCCAAACCCACACGAAGAACCCAAGCAAGCGCCCCCACCCUACGACACCGCGAUCCCCCUCCCCGAUUUCCCCACCCCGCCAUGCCCGACUCCGCCGAUCCCCUCACCUCGCCGGAUCCGGACAUGCCGCCGCGGAAGCCCCUCGGUGGCGGCGGCGGCAAGCUCAAGAAGCCCCUUACCGAGAAGCAGCGCGCUGCCGCGGAGCAGCGCCUGGCCCACCUCCGCGCCCACUUCCUUCUCCGCCCUUUCGACUCCCCCGCCGCCGGGCCUCCGGCCCUCCCGCCGCCCCACGAGGCGGCCCUCCGCGCGCUCGGCCUCCUCAACUUCGCCCGCCUCGACCUGCACUCCGACGCCCCGCGGCCCGACCUUGUUGCCUCGCUUGUCGCCUACUACGACCCGGUUUGCAAGCGCAGCUUCGUCCGGGGGGUCCGCGUCGCUGUCUCCCGGUACGACCUCGCCCGCGCGCUCUCCCUCCCACCGAAGCCCGCCUCCGCGGCGGCGGCGCCGCCCGAUGUGGACCCUGCCGCGGUGGUGCCCGCCGUCAUGCAGCUCCUGCAGGAUUACGUCCUGCUUCCGUUCCAGGGCGACGACAUGUGUAUACUGCCGCAGGAGGUCGCCGCCGCGGAGCAGGCUGUCAGGGAGGGGUCAGCCCAUAGGGUUGACUGGGCGGGCCUGAUCUGGGGCCUCGUGGAGAAGGAGUUGGUUGAGCUUCCCAAGAGGGACGAUGGGGUUUGCUACUUCGGGCCGCAUCUGCAGAGGCUCAUUUGGGCGCAGAAGCCGAAGCUGUUUGAGCCGUUGGACACUGGGGAGGGAGGGGAGGCUGUUCCAGAGGCAUCCGUGGAUGUGGAGAUGGACGAGGAGGAUGCGGAUGCUGAUACUGAUGUGAAAAGCAAGAGCUUGGAGGAGCUGGAGGUGGGGAAUGCAGAUGCAGAUGCGGAUAUGAAUGUGGGGGGCAAGAGCUUGGAGGAGUCGGUAUCGGGGAAUGCUGAUGUAAGGAGUGGGGGCUUGGACGAGUUGGAGCACGGGGAUGCUGUUACAAGGAAUGAGGUCUUGGAGGAGUUGGGUUUGGGAAAUGCGGAUGCCACAAACAACAUAGAGGAAUUGGAGGUGGUAGAUGAAGAUGCAAGGAGCAAAAUCUUGGAUAAAUCUGAGGCUGUUAGAAGCAAGAGCAUAGAUGAACCGGAGGCGGUGGAUGAGGAUGUGGGCAAGAGCUUAGAUGAAUUGGAGGUGGAUGAGGGUGUUAGGGGUAAGAGCUUAGAUGAAUCAGGGACAGUGGAUGGGCACGCAAGCAGCACAAACUUGGAUGGAUUGGGUUUGGGGUUUGUGGCAGUUGAAGCGGUGCCUUGCUUGGCUGCAGAAGAGGACAGAGAAGAGCCCUUGGUGGAGACAGUAGUUGUGACACAGGAGGAAGUGGUGGCUGUAGCAGAGGAGGUGGGAGACGACGAGGAUGAGGGGGAUGAAGAGAAGGUUGCAAUGGGGUUGAGCUUGGGUUUUAACUCUACAAACGGUUAUGAUAGUAUGGAUGUGGAAGAGGAAACACAUGUUGAAAAUCUGGAUGAGGGCGACAGUGACAAUGAAGAGGCAGAGGAUUCAGAGGAUGAUGCAUUUGAGGAGGAUAAUGGUGGAGAGGACAUGAAUUGGAGAAUUGGGGAUGACAACGGGGAUGAGGGAAUGACACACUCCUUGCAGCGCUGUAAUACAUUUGGGGGCAUGGAGUUUGAAAAUUUGAAUAAAGGGGAGUCCGAGAUGAGGGAUGAGUUGGGGUUUGAUGAUUUCACUGCAAGGGGAUCCUUGGAAAGGAUGACAUCAUCAAACCUCCUCCAGGCUAUGAACUCAAUUCCCUCAUCGUACAACAUAACAGAUAAUGUGCAUGGCCUACCUGGGGAAUUCUUGUCUAUGGGGGCUGAUGCACAUAAGAGUGGAGUGGACCUGGAACCAGGGAGCUCAUAUUUAUUUGGGAAUAAUGGCAAGAGGCACAUUGGUGAUAUUGAUGGGUACAAUGGCAAUAUGCAGGCACAAGAGCAGUUUCCUCAGUGCAAUCAGCAAAAGAGGAUGCGCCAUAGCAACAGUAGCAGCAUAUCAUCUGGAUCAGGUUUUUUCAAUACAAACUUUUCAGUACCUAUACAGAACUUGAUGGUUGAGGCAAGCAGACUCUAUGAGCAGAAAGAGCAAGAACUUCACAGUUUGCAGUUUGAGAAACAACAUUGGUCUGACAUGCUGCAGCAGAAAGAAGCACUUAUUCAAUCCCUAAACUCAGCUCGGUUUGAGCAACAGAAUAAGUAUCAAGCGGAGCUUAGACGCUUCGAGCAUGAUCUGAAUGUUAUGGCCCAGUUGGUCACUUUCUACAAAAAAGCUUUGAAACAGACCCGAGCUUCUUUUGAUGAGUACAGGGAGAAAUUCCCUUGUAACAAGCCUCUUUAUGGCGACGUUACUGGUCGUGGUGGUCUUGUUCUUAGUGUGAAGGAGUUGGAGAGGAUUCGGUUUGAGGAGGAGCAGCGAAAACUUGCUGCGACAAAUGAAAUGAUUGACAAAUUCCAGCAUGAAUGGUUCUUAAAGCUUGACGAUUGGAGCCUUUCUGUCAACUCACUGUGCAGCAGAAUUGAAGGAUUGUACAAGGAGAUUGAUCUUCUCAAGGAAAGCAGAAGAGCAAGAUUUGCUACCCCAGCUACAGAGGAAUGAGUUUCCUGACGGUCAGAGGUUCAGCUGUGAAGAUGGCUCCCCGCUACUGCCUUACCCUUCUGCCGUAUGUUUUGAUGUCAACGAGAACACAUCAGCAGUUGUGGCUACCUGGCGGGGCAUACUGUUGUAAAGAUAAAUCAUUUCGCAUGUAACUUGGAUGUAUCCUCAUAUGGGGACGUUUUGAUGAUUAGUGCUUAACUUAGAUGCACAUGCACUUAGGGUUUCUUAAUCUAUAACGAAGUGUGCAUUCAUAUCCUCUGUUCGCAUUUUGAAUUCCGUAUUGUGCAUUAACGGUGUAAUACAGGCCUUCGGAUGUUAAGAGUGCUGGUUUGUUGAAGCACAGCAACUUCAGCUUGA